AUGGAACAACUAACAGAGCUAAUACCUUUCCUUCAAGAGCAAAAGCCAGAGAUUAAGAUCUUGGCGUUGCAACAUAUCUCUGGUGUAUCAGGUGAUGCAGAGGCCAUUGAGGUACUCAAGAAGACAAAUAUAGUAGUACAUCUCAUUAGACUCAUUGGUGAUGAAAAUAAUACCAUCAAUCGAUUGGCAAUGACAACAUUGAUCAACUUUUGUCAGGACAGAGAUAUGCUCAGUGACAUUGUCAAGAGGAACAUCGUACCUAGACUGGUGGAUGGUGCAUGCGAUAUAAAGAACAAGUUGAGAGAGGUCUACUCCAUACUAUUGUCAAACAUUACACAUACAAAGGAGGGAUGCACACAGUUAAUGCAGUAUGGAAGAGAGCUACAGGGAUUCUAUAUAUUGAAGUUAGCCAAUAUGUUGACUUCACCAACCGAUGGCGAGGACAAACUCAAGAGCACAAAGGGAAAUUGGGUGGUCAACAUCCUUCUCAACGUUACACAGAUCGAAGAGGGAAGACGUAUCAUCAUGAACAAGGACAAUGGCAUUAUCGGUGGUUUACUGCCACUGUUUGAGCAUCAAAGCGUCAUUAUUCGUCGUGGCGUCGUUGGCAUCGUGAGAAACUGCUGCUUCGACGAGGCCGAUCAUCCAGCACUGUUGGACAGCAAACUGGAUGUGCUCACCAAGCUCCUGUUAAUCAUUAGAGGUCCAGACAUUCUGACUGACGAGGAAAUGCAAGGCAUGAACCCAUUGCUCCACAACCAGCCACAUCAACCAAGUGUUGAUCGCGAAGAGGACAAGGAGACAAGAAAGUCCGUCAUCGAUUCACUCAUCUUCCUCACUGCAACCAGAGAGUCUAGAGAUCUAAUGAGAGCUGUUAAAGUGUAUCCAAUCAUUAGGAACUAUCAUUUGGUGGAGAAGGAUGAGGAGAUUGGCGAUAACAUAGAGAAGGUUGUGGAUAUGUUGAUCAGAGAUGAAGAAGAUGAACAGGAUCAAUCAACUAAUAACAAGGAUGAUAAUGUGGAAGCUGUCAGCAACAACAACAACAACAACAACAACAACAACAACAAUAACGAUGAUGAUGAUGCCUCUGCA